AAAGAAAGGCAGGAAGAAGACGGCAGUGCAAAAGCUCAUAAAAAUAAGAAGGGGGAGCUUGAAGAUGCAAGACAGAUGAAAAUCAAAAAGCAAGAGGAGGAGGAGCAGAAACGCUGGCGAUGGUGGGAGGAGGAGAAGUAUGAAAAUGGGGUAAAAUGGAAGUUUCUGGAACACAGAGGACCAUACUUCCCUCCCGAGUACCAGCCUCUACCGGACAAUGUUAAGUUCUACUAUAAUGGUAAAGUAGUGAAGCUAAGCCUGGCAGCUGAGGAGGUGGCUUUAUUCUUUGCCCAGAUGCUAGAUCAUGAGUACACCACCAAGGAUGUUUUCCGUGAGAACUUCUUUAAUGAUUGGCGGAAGGAAAUGACCGAGGAUGAAAGGUUGUUGAUCGGCAAUCUCAACAAAUGUGAUUUUGGAGAAAUCCAUGCCAUGCACAAGGCUAAAGUGGAGGCCAAAAAAAACCUGAGCAAGGAGGAUAAAUUGGCUCUGAAAGAGGCCAACCAGAAGAUAGUGGAUGAGUAUGGCUUUUGUAUGCUGGAUCACCACAAGGAGCGUAUUGGCAACUUUAAGAUUGAGCCCCCGGGGUUGUUCCGAGGCCGAGGCGAGCACCCCAAACAGGGUAUGCUGAAGAAAAGGAUCCAACCAGAGGAGGUCAUAGUCAACUGCAGCAAGGAUUCAUGUAUACCGGUGCCUCCUGCUGGUCACAAUUGGAAGGAAAUUCGCCAUGACAACUCUGUAACCUGGCUCGCCUGCUGGACAGAGAACGUCCAGGGCUCCAUUAAGUACGUCAUGCUCAACGCUAACUCCAAGCUCAAGGGUGAGAAGGACUGGGAGAAAUACGAGGUGGCUCGGAAACUGAAGUCCUGUGUGGAAGGCAUCCGCAACCAGUACCUCCUGGACCUCCAGUCCAAGGAGAUGGGCACACGCCAGAGAGCCGUGGCUCUCUACUUCAUAGAUAAGCUGGCACUGAGAGCAGGUAACGAGAAGGAGGAGGGCGAGACUGCAGACACAGUAGGCUGCUGCUCCCUGCGCAUUGAACACAUCACCCUCCAUAAGCAGCUGGAUGGCAGUAACUAUGUGGUGGAGUUUGACUUCCUGGGGAAAGACUCUAUUCGCUACUACAACAAAAUCCCUGUGAUCAAGAAGGUUUUCAAGAGUCUUAAACUGUUCAUGGCGCACAAAGAACCUGGGGAUGAACUGUUUGACCGCCUUAAUACAAACUUGCUGAACAAGCACCUGAGUUCUCUGAUGCCAGGUCUGACAGCCAAGGUCUUCAGGACAUACAAUGCGUCCAUCACCCUACAGCAGCAGCUGAAAGCGCUCUCUAACAAGUCUGACAGCCUGGCAGAGAAGCUGCUUUCUUACAACAGGGCUAAUAGGGCGGUUGCAAUUCUUUGCAACCACCAGCGGGCGCCGCCAAAGACAUUUGAUCAGUCCAUGGCCAACUUGCAGGUUAAGAUUGAUGCUAAGAAGGAGCAGCUGGCCCUUACCAAGACUGAGCUGAAGCAGGCGAAGAAGGAGGCAAAGGCCAAAGGCAGCUCAGACCCCAAGCUGCAGGCGCUGUUGGAGCGUAAAAAAAAGGCAGUUCAGCGCUGUGAGGAGCAGUUGCUGAAGAUGGAGGUCCAGGCUACUGACAGAGAAGAGAACAAACAGAUUGCCCUGGGCACCUCCAAACUCAAUUACUUGGAUCCACGCAUUACCGUAGCCUGGUGUAAAAUCAUGGAUGUGCCUCUGGAUAAAAUCUACAACAAGAGCCAGAGGGACAAGUUUGCAUGGGCCAUCGACAUGACAGAACCUGACUUUGAGUUCUAA